AUGUCUGCUUUGUCUUUGCGUCCACUUAAUCGUUUAUACAUCUUCUCGCUGAAAUCCUCCUCCUCUUCUGCCUCCUCGUGCUCGACGAGAUGCGGCAAAAACGCGAAGACGACGUCUUCUCGAUUUUUUUCUUCGUUUCGGUCUUCUUCGCUGCUUUGGGGGACGAGGACGACGAGGACGAUUUCAUCGUCGGGGAGAUUUGAAAUCGGAAAAGCGACGAAAAGCGCUUCUUCGUUUUAUUCGUCGUCGUCGUCGUCUGAGAAUAACAACAACAACAACUACUACUACGGAGGAGAACGAGAAGAAAAAGCGCAAAAUCAAUACAAAGACGCGUUCGCGUCGCCGCCUUUGGUCGUUUCCAACGGCGAUCGGUUGUCCGGUCCGGGGGCGAAUCGGGCGAUUAAGUGGGUGCCCAGCGAUGCGAAAUCGAACGCCUUUGGCGAGGAGGAGGCGUCGUACGCUGCGUCGAACAACAAGGAUAACUAUUACGCGAGAGAGACGCCGUCGGCGCCGCCGUGGGGAGCGAGUGGUGGUGGUGGUGGUCUCAGUAGUGGGCAACAGCAAACGCAAACGCAAACGCAAAAUCGAGGCAACAAUAACUACGGGGGCCCCGGCGCUUCGUAUUCGUCUUCUUCUUCGUACGGCGGAGGCGGCGGCGGUUAUAACAACAACAACAACAACAAUUCUUCGUCAUCGUCAUCGUCGAGCGGCAGAACGUUCGUGGACUUUUCAAUUUAUAAAUCGAAAUCGGCUUUAUCCGUGAAAUUGGUCAAACCGACGUUCGAGACCGAUCAUCAAGGCCGGACGAUUAUGAAACGUUCCGGCGGAAUUCUCUUGGAAUUCGCGCCGUCCAUCGGGACGAGGAAAUACGAUUGGACUCGGAAAGGGUCGUUCAUGCUUUCUCCGAUUGAAGCCGCGGAGUUGGCGAACAGAUUGAAUCCGAGUCGACAAAGCAUCGCGCAAAAGGUGGAGUUUUUCCACGACCCGGGGAUGGGCGGGAGUUCGCAAGGGUCGGUGACGAAAAGUUUGAAGAUGGAAGCGAUGCCGGACGGCACCGGGGGAGUGUUUUUGAAUUACAAUCAGACCAAGUUUGGAGAGAAGUUGAACGUGAACAUCCCGGUGUCGUUCGGGGAAGUGUCCGCGUUGGAGUUGUUGAUUAAACAUUUAGUUCCGAGAGUGAUGGGAUUCUUCGAAGAAGAUUCUUCGACGACGAGUUCGUCUUCGACUUCGUCUUCGUCAGCAGCCGGGUACGGUUAUUAA